AUGGAAAUUAAUAAAAAUGAUAAUAAUAAUAAUAUAAACAAUAAUAAUAUAAAUAAUAAUAAUAAUAAUAAUAAUAAUAAUAAUAAUAAUAAUAAUAAUAAUAAUAAUAAUAAUAAUAAUAAUAAUAAUAAUAAUAAUAAUAAUAAUAAUCAAAAUAAUAAUCAAAAAAAUAAUUAUAGGAAUUAUAAACCAAUUAAAACAGGUACAUUAAUACAACAUCAAAUAUUACAACAAACAUUAAGUAAUUUUCAAACAAAGAAUAAAGUAUUUCAAUUGGGAAGCGAUAAAUUAAUAUUAAUUUUCAAAGAAAAUGAAACCAUUUAUUUCCAUGGUACUAUUCAAGCACGUUCAAUAAUUGGAUCGGUAGAAGUUUAUGGAUAUACAAUUACACCACAAUCUACUACAUACUAUCCAAUUUAUUCACCAUUUUGUUCACCAACUUUAUCAAUUACAAGUAAUAAUAGUAAUAAUAAAUUAUACACAUUAAAAGAAAUAAUAGAAAAUCAAUUAAUUAAAAUACCAGAAUUAGUUAAAAAUAAAUUAAAAGAGAAUGAAAAACAAAUUGAAAUUGAUGAACCAACAUUAGCAAUUUCAUCAAUUAUAGUAUUAAAGAUUUUAGAUGAUCAUUGUGAAAAUCCUAAAAUGUUUACAAAGAAAAAGAUUGAAAUCAUUGAUUCAUUUAAACUUUUAAAAGGUUUUUAUCCAUUAUAUCAACCAGAUUUUAAUACUCAAUUAUUAACAAUACCAAAUGAAUGGUUAAAUUUAAUAAAUACUCAAUUCUUAUAUAAUGAUCAUUGUAAUAAUAAUGGUUUAUCAAUUUUAACUUGUGGUGAAAGAAAUGUUGGUAAAAGUACAUUUAAUAGAAUUUUAAUUAACAAACUUUUAAAAAAGUAUACACAUAUAAUUUUUAUUGAAACUGAUACAGGUCAAACUGAAUUUACACCAAGUGGUAUAAUGUCAAUUGAUAUUAUAAAUUCGCCAUUAUUAGGACCACCAUUUACUCAUUGUAAAAAUAAUCCAUUAAAAUCUUAUUUCUUUGGUGAUACAUCACCAAAGAAUAAUCCAGAAUAUUUUUUAAAUUUAUCAUUUCAAUUAAUUGAUUGUUGUAAUUUAAUAAAACAACAAUAUCCAAAUAUACCAAUAAUUUUAAAUACAAACGGUUGGUUAAAAAGUUUAGGUCUUCAUUUAACUCAAGAAAUUAUAAAAUAUUUUAAACCAACAUCAAUAGUCCAAUUAAUUAAUAAUAAUAAUAAUAAUAAUAAUAAUAAUAAUAAUAAUAAUAAUAAUAAUAAUAAUAACAAUAAUAAUAAUAAUAAUUUAAAUGAUAAUUUAAAUAAUUUUAUUAAUAGAUUUGAUAGUACUGUUACAUUUUCUCAAGAUUGUAUUAAUCAAUUAUUUGAAGAUUGUGAUGAUGAUAAUGAUGAUAAUAAAAAUUUAAAAACAACAAUAAUUACAAAAUUAUAUUCAAUUAAUAGUAUUAAUAAUUUUAGUCAAUCAAUAUAUAAACCAAUUUUUAAUUUGGGAUCAUCAGAAAUUAGAAAUUUAAUGUUUAAAAGUUAUUUUAAAUUAGAGAGUAAAGGAUCAUUAUCACAUCAAUCACCCUAUCAAGUAUCAUGGAAAGAAUUAAAAGUUAAAAUUUUAACCAAUAAUGUACCACCAAGUCAAACUAUGUAUGCAUUGAAUGCAAGUUUAGUUGGAAUUUGUAUCGAUGAAGAUCCUGAAAAGAAUUAUAAAUAUAUAUCAUAUAAAGUUGGUAAUAAUUUACCAACGAUCAUUAAUCAAUCACCUUUAAUUUCACAAUGUAUUGGUUUGGGUUUAAUUCGUUCAAUCGAUAUGGUAAAUGGUUAUUACUAUAUAAUCACUCCAAUCGAUCCUUCAUUACUUGAAAUCUCAAAUACAAUUUUAAAAGGUUCAAUUGAAAUCCCUCAAACUCUUACUAUCUCUGUAUCUUCAAAAGGUAAAAUAUUGGUACCAUACCUUCAAUUAGAUGUCCUCUCUUCUUAUGGAACUGGUUCAGAUGUAAUGAAUAGACCUUCUUUCUUUGAUGAUUAA